AUGGCGGCGAAGAUUAAAGCCAUCGAUGCCGGUUCAGUCCACCGCAUUCAUUCAGGACAGGUUGUUCUUGAUCUCCAGAGCGCCAUCAAGGAGCUGGUAGAGAACAGCCUCGACGCUGGGGCUACUAGCAUUGACGUGCGCAUAAAGGACCACGGCCUCGACACGGUCGAGGUACUCGACAACGGCUCAGGUAUUGCCCAACCAGACUGGCCUUCUAUAGGCCUCAAGCAUCACACGUCCAAGCUGCCGUCCCUCGAGGAACUGGCCCAAGUCUCGACGUUUGGCUUUCGUGGUGAGGCGCUGAGCGCGCUCUGCGCUCUGUCAGAGAGUGUCACUGUCGUCACGUCCACGAAAGAGACGGCGCCUAUGGGUGCCAUUAUUACGCUGGGGAGGAAUGGACAUGUACUAGACGACACUGGCAAGGUGGCAAGACAACGUGGUACAACGAUUACUCUGAGCGGACUGUUCAAGCCUCUACCUGUUCGUCGCAAAGAGUUUGAACGUACCGCCAAGCGCGAAUUCACAAAGGCUCUGGGUAUCCUUACGGCGUACGCCCUUGUCCCCGCUAGCGCUUGUCCCGCCGAGGGCAAGUCGGGCGUGAGGCUGAAGGUCGAGUCUAUUGGCGCGGGCAAAGCAGCGAAACGGAACACCGUGCUAGCUACCGACGGACGCGGUUCACUCCGCUCUUCUGUCAGCGCCGUGUGGGGUCCCAAGGCGCUUGAAGGUGUCGUGGACAUUGAUGUUGAGCUCGAUGUCGCUGUUGACAAGGCCAUGGCGAGGAGAGAAGGGAUCGCAGAGACGUCGCAGACUGUCCGUGUUACCGGACUUAUCUCCUCGGGAGCGUGGGGUCAAGGCCGUUCCAGCGCAGAUCGGCAGUUCACCUUCAUCAACGGCCGGCCCUGUGCACUGCCCAAAGUAUCCAAGGCCGUGAACGAGGUGUACAAGAACUUCAACACAAAUCAGGUGCCACUUGCCAUUCUCGACUUUCAGAUUCCCAAGGAGAGCGUCGACAUCAACGUCAGCCCGGAUAAGCGCACCAUUUUUGUUCACAGCGAGGCAAACUUGAUCGAAGCGCUGCGCACUUCCCUCGAGACGUUCUUCCAGCCCACACGCUCGUCCUAUGCCGUUGGAGGUGCCUCGUCGACAAAGAAGCUGGUGCAAUCAGACCUGUCCGCUACCCAGGCUGUGGCCGCCGACGACAUAUUAGAGGACGACGAAGAAGGCACCCAACCAACGAGUCACGCGACCCCAACCAGCCGCUCACGUCGCACGUCCUCUAGAGCUUUGUCUCACCAGGACUCAGAAUCAGAACCAGAACCCCAGUCUGAGGGUGAAGACGAGCUGUCCCAGACACCCGCACCACGGCCAUCGCGCCGCUCUGCCAGACCACCAUCCCCUCCUCCUCGCCGUGUAGUGCAGCAAACUCUUGACACUACCCUUGCUUCUUGGAGCCCAAAGCGCAAGUCUCCAGCUGUGACCAUCUUGAGGAGUGUUCCGACGCGAGCACCACCCACCGGCCGCGAUGCGCGUGCCAAUCUGCGUCAACAGCUGGCUGGGUAUGCCAGCCAGCAAGUGCCGACACAGGUGGAUAUGACUGCCGACGAUAGCGGGUACGAGGACGAAGGCGAUGACAUCCAGCAGAGUGAUAAGGAGGAAGAGGAGGAGGAGGAUGUGCACAUGAGUGAUGUGGAGCCUGAACCCUCGCAACGGCCAUCAAGCCCCGUGCCACAAGAGGAACCAGAGGUGGACGAGUUGGACGACGACGAACUUGUGCAAAGCCCUCCCCGCCGUCUUGGCGUACCCAGUGCAGUCCAACGCGAUAUUGACGAGGACAAUGAGCAACCUCCUCGGACCUCCACACCGCUCUCCGUACCUUUCACAAUCGUGACCGAGCCCGAUAUGGACGUCGACGAAGAGGAGGAGCCUCCUGCCGCCCGAUCUGGCUAUCGCGACGAAAUCCAGUCAACCAACUCGACCGGCGAGGUGACAUUACGCUUCGACGCUGGCCGUCUACGUGAGCGCUUUGCAUCCCGACGAUCUCGCCGUGCCGCCUCCACCCCACCCACUCGCGAUGCCUUUGACGCUGUCAAUGACGGGGCUGUGGCAGACGCGGCUGGCGUAGGGAACCGGGACGCCGAAGAAGCCGAAGCUGCUCUCGCUCGAGUCAUCAGCAAGGACGACUUUGAGAUCAUGGAGGUGCUGGGACAGUUUAACAAGGGCUUUAUCAUUGCUCGCCUCCGACACCCGGCUCAUGAAGACGCUGCAGGGUCGGACGACCUGUUCAUUGUGGACCAACAUGCCAGCGACGAAAAGUUCAACUUUGAGACUCUUCAGCGCACCACCGUCAUCAAGGCUCAGUCGCUCAUCAGACCCCGCCCCAUGCAGCUCACCGCCGCUGACGAGAUCGUGGCCAUGGAGAACCUGGACGUCCUCCAUGCCAACGGCUUUGACGUGGACGUGGACGAGGACGCGGCUCCCGGCCGUGGUGAGCGUGUGGCUCUCAAGGCCAUGCCCGUCAGCAAGGAGACGACGUUUGAUUUCAAGGAUCUCGAGCAACUCCUUCACCUUCUCUCGGACAGCGCCCGACCUGCCGGGCAGAUGGUGCGCUGCACCAAGGCCCGGUCCAUGUUUGCCAUGCGCGCAUGCCGCAAGAGCGUCAUGAUUGGCAAGAGCUUGACAAAGGCGCAGAUGGUCACACUGCUUCGCAACAUGGGCACAAUUGACCAGCCUUGGAACUGUCCCCAUGGCCGGCCGACGAUGCGCCACCUCUGCGCGCUCACCCCGCCGACGCGUUCGCGCGCAGGCCGUGAUCGCAUCGACUGGUCGGAGUGGAGUUAG